AUGAAAGAAGGCAUCAAAUAUAUGGAACUUUAUGAUUUAAGGACAAACCAGUUAGUAAAUACCUUUCAAAUGCAGAAUUUAUCCAAAUCACUAUAUUUAGAAUAUCCUCCUCUCUACGCAAUAUCAACCAAUGGUAAAUUAUUUGCAUACGCAUCGACAUUGACUAAAGAAAUUAAAAUACAUUCGACCGAAAGUGGCCUUGAACUAGUGAGAAAACCUGUAAUGGAUACUGUAGCCUCAACAUUCCAGUUUAUUAAUUUUUUUCAUAAUGAUGAAAUGCUUCUUGUAAUUUCAGAAAGUCAAUGGUUUGUCUGGAAUAUUUUUGGUUCAUUAUUAGAUACCGAUAAAUUAGAGAAUUUAGGAUUUAUAAUAGAACUUCCAUUAAAUUUUGGUGAAAAUUUUGAAAAAUUAGAACAAUCAAAUUCAUUCAUGGUCGUUGAUAAGGGUGACAAACUAGCAAUUUAUGACGAUUUGAUCAUAGAUAAAUAUUUGCAAUAUUUAAAGAAAGUUGAUGGGCAAAAUUGGAAAAAAUUAUCAAUUGAUUAUUUUUCGAGGCAAGAUCUCGAUAAUAAUAUUAUCCUAGAUUUUCAGG